UCCAAUAUCCUUGGUGUAUUUGGAUUAAGUUUGAGAACAAAUGAACGUAAUUUGGAGGAAGUUUUCGAAAGGUUUGGAAAGUUGAAGAAAGUGACAGUGGUUUAUGAUCAUAGAAGUAACAGAUCGAGAGGAUUUGGCUUCAUUACAUUUGGUUCAGUGGACGAAGCUGAGCGUGCAAGAGAUGAGACAAACGGAUUGGAAAUUGAUGAGCGUAAGAUUCGCGUGGAUUUCUCCAUGACCCAUCGCCCACACACGCCC